CAAAUCCAGUCUACUUAUGACCGAUAUGCUUAAAAGAAACAUCGAUACAUCGCCCAGCCCUUCCUGAAUUAAUACUAAAAGUGCUAAUUGUAUUGAUAUAUCAGUGUAGCUUGCCUGGAGGGGGAAAAAACCAUGUCUCACAUUAUCAUUCCUUCCCCAACUCAUUUCGAAAGUUGGCGCCCUUUAAGCAGAAGGAGGCCCUUUCCUAUCGAAGUAACACACUAUGUUCAACAUGCUGAAACGUUAAAGUGUUGGAAACUUCAUCGAGUUCAGAUAAGUAAUGUGAAAUUUUGUAAAAAUAUUUUGCUUCGUUGAGUCGCUUUUAAUUGUUCUCGUUCACAGCUUUUGUCUUGCAUCGGAGCGACAACGUAUAAGCAACAAGUUAUCGUAACUAGUUUACGUAAGUGAGCUGGGAAUGAAAAUAAAGAAACAAGCGGUAGAGCAGCAAAGAAAAUGGAAGCGACUGACAAGCGCCUGGACUUGUUUGUUCAACAGCAAAGAGCUGGUGAACCUUUUCAUAUGGAUCGACCAAGAGUCCAGCAUUUCCAUGACGAUGGACUUCCCAGUAAUAAACAACAAAGUGGUGUGUUUGACUAAAACGGAGCGGGAGGUCAUCACUGUGGACAAUGUCUCCAAGGUGUUACUGAUUGAAGAUGUUCAUGGAGAAGACGUACUCAGCUUCAUCACUGCGCUGACUCAGGAGGUCGUCUGCCCAUUGCUUAACAACCAAGCAAAUGAUGGUGAAUGGGCGCCUGGCGCGGCCGAGGAGACGCUGAUCCUCAUGGAGCGGCUAAAGAACGAAGCUCUGGUGAUGAAGGCUCAGCAGGAAGGAUGGACUUUUCUUCCGCUUCCCAAAAAUCUCCAUGACAACAAGGAGAGGACGUCCAGUGACAUCAAGCUACUCCAUGCCUGCGAGUCAGUCAUCAUUGAGUGGGCGGGGCUUGUGUCAGAGUUCCUGCAGCAGAACCCAUCUCAGCUGCUGUUGGAUGGAAUCAAACCGCAACCUUCAGAGGAGUUCAACUUCUGGAACAACAGGUUGACGAACCUGCAGCUUAUCCAGCAGCAGAUGACAAGCAGCAAAGCCCAGCAGGUGGCGUCCUUCCUUCAGUCAACUGGGGGUCCAUACCGCUUCAUCUUGAAACAAAUUUAUGAAGAUGUUCAGAAAGGUCUCAGAGAGGCCCACGACGCCACAGAGAAGCUGCAACCUCUGCAGGACAAACUGGAUAAAAUAGAGCGUCUGCAGUAUCGUCAGCUGAGAGACAAAAUGGCCGCUGUGAUGGAGAAGGUGAACGAGGUGUGGAUCAACUCACACUUCCAUUGUAAACCCUGCUGGAUCGUGGUGCUCCUGCAGGAAAUCUGCAAUCUCUUCAUAGACUGGAGCAGGAAGUUCCUACACGGCCAGGAAGUAAUGCAGGGUCUGCUUGCGGACCCCGCUCAGGUUCUUGAUGAUAUUCGAGUAGUGAUUUUGACGUUGCAGUGUCUCAAGGACAAGUACAGUCAGUACAGGACUAUGUUGGAGAAAAAGAAUGGGGGCUCACGCAUGUGGGAGUUUCCUUCACACUUGGUCUUCUCAGAGGUGGAUGACUUCCUGACACGCCUGCUCAGCAUCCAGGAAGUGUACAGCGUCCGUCUGCAGUUUCAAUUGGAGCAGGUGGUUCUAGCAGGGGGGCGUGGCAAGAUGUGGACCAACGCUGUGGAGGAAGUAUACCAGGACUUCCUGAAACAGCUUCACCUUCUGACUGACUGUCGAUACGACGCCAGCGAGCCCACAGAUCAGAACUUCCCAAUGCAGGCCUCCUCCUUCCAGGACCAUGUGCUGGACCUGGAAGCCAGGCUGCUGUCCAUUCUCAGAGGAACUAUGGAGGACUGCUGUGUGUCCUCGUCUGCAGUCAAGUUACUAAACAUGUUCGGCCCAGUACUGGAGCGCCCUCUGAUCCAGGAGCAGCUCCGUCCUCAGCUUGUACAGCUGGUGGACAUGGUCAUGACAGAACUUGACCAGGUAGAAUCCCUGGUCAAGAGUAAAAGUUUGACAACAGAAGUGUCGUCCAAGUUCAAGGCCAGUCCGGCCGCCACCCUCAGGUGGACUCAACAACUCCUGCUGAGGGCUCACAGUGUCCUCAUGAACUUCCAGACGGUCCAAUAUCUAUGUGGGGAAUCAGGUGAGCCGGUCAUGCAAAAGUUUCAGAAGAUUGUGGCCUCGGUUGUGGAGCUCAGAAACACGGUCAGACAGGACUGGAGCCGUCAACUCGACACCGAAUCUGCUUUCAUUUUGGAACAUCCUCUGAUUGAACAGCAGCAGCAAGGCAUGAUGGAGAUUCCCUUCAGACACAAACUGGAGGCGAUGCUGAGUGAAAUUAAGCAAGUGAGCUGGGAGAAGGAUCUGGAGCUCCCCCCGGAAGCUGCUCGAGUAUUGAAGUUCAGACGUGACAUCACAAAGAGCUAUCUGUGUCUAAGUCACAUGGUGUCAUGCUACAACCAGGUGGUGAGCGGAGCUCUUUCAGAGGACCUUCCUCUGAUCCAGGAUCAGCUGCAGGAGCAGAAGGAAAGUCUGUUAGAGCUACACAACAACACGUGGAGAAGUGAAGGUGUGCACCAGUUGAUUGCGCAGAAGAGAGAAAGCGUCACAGCUUUCUUUGCCUCAGUGAGUGAAGCGCGUGCCAACACAGCCGCCAUAUCUCGCAUCACGCAGGGGUGGGUGGAGCUUCCCCUGCUGCAGCGUGAAGGUAACUUCCUCGAGAAGGGAGAAGAUACAGAGCAGAGCUACAAUCGUCUGAGAGAAGACAGCGAGGAAGUUCUCAGGCUGACUCAGGAGAACCACAGACUGUACGCAAUACAAGACACCUCCCAGUCCUGGUCUGACUAUCUGGACCAUGUGGACCAGCUUGUCCAGGACGGACUUUUACAGCUGCUGCUGCGCUCACUGCGAUUUCUGACAGACAACAUGAAGCCAGAGAGUCGUGGGGGGGCCUUGUUGCAGGUCUCACUACAGCUGCAGUCAACAGAAAGUGUCUUUGAGCCGUCUCUGGACGGAGACCUGGCUGACCAGUUGAAGUCCUUCAUCGAUGAUGUUUACUUGGCCGCCAGCUUUGCACCAAGGUUCUCAGUUAGUUGCCCUGGCAACCACCAGGAGGCGCUGCGAGAGAACGCCGACCUUAUAGUUCUGGAACAGCAAGUGAUGCAACGCCUGGUGGAGGUGAGAGGGGAGGCGGCGCUUCUAAGGGCCGACUUGGACAGGUUCUCACCUCUUUGGAAAAGCCACAAGCGGGGGGUGAUGCAAGAAUUCCUGACCUAUGGCAGGAAGCUGGGGCCUGAUGAGGAGGAAGUGGAGGAGGCCCCACCCACCCUGGCAGACUUUCAAAGAGAGAUCCAGUCCCUCCAGAAACAGAUGACAAAAGUCAAUCACUUGAAUGAGAAUGUGCUGCUGCACGGCUGGCUCCAGGUUGAACUGCGACCUUUCAAAACUGCACUGCGCCUGUUCAUCCACAACUGGAUCAGCAUGUACACGCAGCACCUGCUUAAACUGGUGCGACACAGCAUGUCUCAACGCAGUGUUGACGAGGAGCAAGAUGAAUAUAGUAAGAAGUCUGCCUCCAGCUUCCCUCUGACAGAAACCAUCAUGCUGCUGGAAACUGUGGGAGUGGAAGUUCCUGAACUCACCACAUUGUUGCAGAGCUGAUAACCAUGUCAGAUGUUCAUACAGUGUACACAUACUAGUGUGUUCAUUAACCAAGUCACAUGAACAGUGAAGAUAAAUAAAUGCUUUAAUAUCAUCAAAAGUGGACAUACACAUCCAUGCAUCCGUCAGCCACUCUUAAGUCAGUUCAGGAGGCACAAUGACCAAAAUGUUGAUCUGGUCUUUGGCGCCACGCCGACUUUCCACUGGAACAGAAAGUACGUAGAAUCCAGUCGGGACACAGAGGCGGACCAAUCAGGGAGCAUCUACCGGCGAUAAACGCCAAAGGCCACCAGGCUAAGAAAGAUGGUGAUUCCCACCAGCGAGGCAGUGGCAGGCGCUGUGAAGAACUGACGGUACUGGAUCUGACAGUACCAAAGCACUGACAGCAUGAGGACGAGCAGCGGGACCAUCAGGCUGCCCACAUUGAGAGCCACCUGCACCUGGUCUGCAGGCCCUGCUCCCGCUGUGGCGCGCGGGGCGUGCUGGGAGAUGUGACAGUGCAGCACGCAGUUGUGAGUCAAGUUGAGCGACUCCAGCGUGAUGGCGUCGUCCUGCAGCAGCUGCCCCUGAUAAAUGAGCCGCACCCGUUGCUCCUGACCCGAAAAGUAGG